CGAGCACAACCCUCUGUGUAUGUAUCUCAUGUAUGUUCUCACGGUGUGGACAUGUCAGCAACAAUGGUGUGACUUGAAAGAUGGAAACUAUUUUACUUUUUUCAAUACUGGUUAUAUUCAAACUUACAGGUGUGUACUGCGUGGAAUGUCGUGAAACCUCGCUUACUUCUGGCUCUCGGUCCUUCUCGUGUUUGUACGGAUGUUGUGGGGAAAUAUAUCAGCGAUAUUGCUGUCCAAGUGACGAAGAGGCGUUCCCUAUAGAGGUUGUCAAGGCAGGGAUUGGAGUAGUCGUCGUCGUGGUUGUAGUUGUCAUAGUACUUAUCGUCGUCUUUAUGUGUAAGAAGAAGACGCCACGAACGAGGGCGCUGGUCGUUCCUCAGAAUGCAAACGUGAGAACUUCAACCAUUCCUCUGUCAGAUACUGAGUACACCUUGAAGCCACAGACUGGCCAAGCCGAGUAUCAGCCCCCUCUAUCCUACCCCGGGGGUGGCGUUCACACUGGGCCUGUAGUCCCCGCCUACACACGAUCCUACAACGCACUCCCUCCGCCAUAUAAUGUCUCUACAGCCUAUAAUAACACUGCUAUUGUGCCAGUUAACUGAUGACCAGACAAGACACCCUUUAUUUCAUAGACCACAGGUCCAGGACUAUACACAACAGUAUCUAUCAGCUUGUAUAUGCUGCGGGAGGUUGAGGUAGCCUACUGGUCAGAGAGAAUCAAGGUUCGAUUCCCACAUGGUUACCAUGUCAGCACCCGAUGUACAAGCUGUGUAAGCGACGGGAUUAUCCACUCUUCUAACCUGUUCUAAUGAUAGAUUGAGACGUUUGAGAGUCGUUAUAAUUACACGUUAGUAUUGUUAGGUGUCUGGCUCUGUCUGAAAUCUCCUAAAAUAUCUAGUGUAGUUUUUUUUCUGUACGGGGAAGCUUUGACGGAUCUUUAAAUCAAAGUAGUUUGGUAUAAUAUUGGGUUUAUGUCAAUUUGAAAAAGAAUUAUAAUUACCAGUUGAAUAGUUAUGAAGUCCAAGCCCAACCAACGACAUCAGACUUUAUUUCAUCUGCA